AUGGACUUGUGGAACUGGGAUGAGGCAUCACUGCAGGAAGUGUCCCUGGGGAACAGGCUGUCAAGGCUGGAAGGAGCUGAGCUUGGCUUCUAUUUCCCUGAAGUGGCGCUCCAAGGGGACACGCUGACGGAGGAGACGUGCUGGAAAGGACCCCCGCAGUGGGACUGCAGCUCCGGGCCACCGCACCCAGAAACUCCAUGGGCCGCAGAGCACGGCUCGCAGGCUCCGCCGCGGUCGGGAGACUGGACGCAGCUGGGGAGCACCGGCUGGGACGCCUGCAGCCGAGUCUCUCCAGCCCCGGGCCCCGCCCCCUUCGCCGGGCCCCUGGGGGUCACCGGCCAGAACACCACCCCGUGCUCCGGCGGGACCAGCGCGUGGUCGUGCGCCCCCACCACAGCCAGCUCCACCAGCUGGGACUGUUCUGCUGGCUCCGACGGCGCCAAAUACUGGGGCGGGCCUGGGGGCUCGGACUGUCCCACCUCCUGGGACUUGGGGCUGCGCGGGGGUCUCACCACCUCUCCAAAGGAGCGCCCGAGUUCAGAUCUCACCGCCCCCUCCGAACCGAAGCUGCCGUCGGACCGUGCAAAUCUGGCUCGUUACCCCAAAACUAACCACCGAGGUCCCAUUCAGCUGUGGCAGUUCCUCCUGGAGCUGCUCCAAGACGGGGCGCGCAGCAGCUGCAUCCGCUGGACGGGCAACAGCCUCGAGUUCCAGCUGUGCGACCCCAAAGAGGUGGCGCGACUGUGGGGCGAGCGCAAGAGGAAACCCGGCAUGAAUUACGAGAAGCUGAGCCGAGGCCUGCGUUACUACUACCGCCGCGACAUAGUGCGCAAGAGCGGGGGGCGCAAGUACACCUACCGCUUCGGGGGCCGCGUGCCCGGCCUAGCGCCUCCCCUCCGUCCCAUUCAGCUGUGGCAGUUCCUCCUGGAGCUGCUCCAAGACGGGGCGCGCAGCAGCUGCAUCCGCUGGACGGGCAACAGCCUCGAGUUCCAGCUGUGCGACCCCAAAGAGGUGGCGCGACUGUGGGGCGAGCGCAAGAGGAAACCCGGCAUGAAUUACGAGAAGCUGAGCCGAGGCCUGCGUUACUACUACCGCCGCGACAUAGUGCGCAAGAGCGGGGGGCGCAAGUACACCUACCGCUUCGGGGGCCGCGUGCCCGGCCUAGCGCCUCCCCUCCGCGCUGCGGCGCGGCCCGGAGCAGCAACCCAAUAA